CAUUUCCAUGCUCCCUCGUCGCGGUCCCGACGCAGCCCCGCCCCCGCCUUCUUCUUCAACGCCACGCACCGGCCCGUUCUGAGUAGCUAGUGCUGCCCCCAUUCCAUUCCUCGCUAUAAAUACAGGCGCCCGGCCAGCCAUUGGAGAGGUCCCAUUCCUUUCUGCUUAGCUAGCUUCUCCAGCCCCACUGAUCGGCCCCAGCUUCCUCUUCUUCUCGACCUCAUUCCGUCUGCCCUGCGCUCCCCCUGCUCCGUGGUGUGGAACCAAAUGGAGAAGGCGGCGAGGAGGCGUCAGGUGCCGGCGUUCGGGGAGUGGAACUACUACUACCACUACGACGGGCCGGAGACGGUAGCGCCGCCCGCCCUGGCGUAUUGCUACGGCACCACCCCCGAGCCGGAGGCCUGCAGCGACGUCUGGUUCAGGUACUCGCCUCCCCCGCGCAAACCCACGCCCGCCAAGAAGCCUAGGAGGAGGAGGGUGCCGGAGGGCGACAGUGAUGCGUCGCUGGAGAAGAAGGGGAGAAGGAGCGGGAGGCCGGCGCCGGCGCCGGAAGCUGCCGGCUGCGGCCUGGCGCGCACGACAAGGCUGGUGCGGCCGGUCGACGAGGACCUGUACCAGGUGCCGCCGCCGGAGCUCGCCUCCCACAGGCGCCGCCCCAGGAGGAGCAUGUGGAUGGGCUGCCUGGGGUGCGUCGCCUGAACCUGAAG